AUGACUUUCGCUACGCUCCCCAAACUUUUCACGGCUGCGACGCUAGGCGGCAACAAGUCCCCCGUUCAGCUCAAGCACCGCGUUGUUAUGGCCCCCAUGACUCGACUCCGUACGGGUGACGAUGGCGUCCCCGGCGCUGUCGUCGUUGAAUUCUACUCGCAGCGAGCUACAGACGGAGGUUUGCUUAUCACGGAAGCCACGAACAUCAGCGCCACCGCUCGUGGAUACUAUGGUGCCCCUGGCAUCUAUAAUUCGGAUCAGGUCGAAGGGUGGAAGAAGGUCACGGAGUCCGUGCACGCCAAGGGAGGCAAGAUUUUCCUCCAGUUGUGGCAUACGGGUCGCGUAAGCCACCAACUGAACCAGCCAAACGGUGAGCUGCCUGUGUCGUCCAGUGCUGUUAGCAUGGAAGGUGUGCACAGCCUGGCUCCAACGCGCGAAGGUCGCUUGCCACACCCCGUUCCUCGCGCUCUGGAGACUAGUGAGAUUGCUGGAAUUGUUGCUGACUACAAGUCUGCAGCUCAGAACGCCCUUGACGCUGGAUUCGACGGCGUUGAGCUUCACUGUGCCAACGGCUACCUGAUGGAGCAGUUCCUGUGUGACUCGAUCAACAAGCGCACAGACAAGUACGGUGGUAGCAUUGAAAAUCGUGCUCGUAUCCUCUUUGAAGCUCUUGAGGCUGUUCUUUCGGGUGUGGAUUCGAGCAAGGUUGGCAUUCGCUUAUCACCUUAUGGAACAGCUUUCGGCUGCACGGACUCCGCUUCGGGUGAGCUGUUCGGAUACAUCAUCGAGAAGCUGAACGAAUACGAUCUGGCCUACCUCCACCUUGUCGAGCCGCGCGGACUUCAGGCCCCCACCCCUGACGCACCGGAAGGCGGUGUACUACCGAUCUACCGCAAGAUCUACAAUGGCUUCAUCAUCACAUGUUCGGGCUACGCUCGCGAGGAGGCCAUCAAGGUCGUCGAGGACAACUCUGCCGACAGUGUAGCUUUCGCGCGCGACUUCAUCUCGAACCCGGACCUCGUCGAGCGUCUGAAAACGGGAGCUGAGCUCAACGAGCGUAACCAACAGACCGUGUACCUACCGCUCGGAGUUCCAAGUGGAGGAAUGCGCGGCGGACUGGAAUUUGCGUUGUGA